AUGGCUAAAUUUUGGCUGCAAUCUUUUUUAUUUUAUCUAGUUUUUACUGCCGUAAAUACUCUUCCAUUCGCUGUAAUACCGAUUGGAGUUGGACUAGGAGGAAUUGCGCUGUAUAAAGCUUUGAAUUGUCGUUUUUCYGAAUGUUGCACAGAGAAGUGGGUCAAACCGAACAUAUCCGGACUUCAACAUGACCUCGAAAAUCGUCUUUUYGGACAACAUUUAGUCACAAAUAUAGUCUACAAAGCUGUUAAAGGACAUCUCACCAACGAUAAACCACAGAAAGCGCUUGCUCUAUCCUUCAAUGGAUGGACUGGUAGCGGAAAGAACUUUGUCAGCAAAAUCAUUGGAGAAAAUCUUUACAAGAAAGGAAUGGAUAGCAAGUUUGUGCACUUACUAAUUGCAACUCACCACUUCCCCCACAAAGAGGAAAUAAACAGCUACAAAACUUUGCUAAAGAGAUGGGUWAUUGGGAAUAUCACAAAGUGYSCCAGAUCUCUGUUUAUAUUUGACGAGAUGGAUAAGAUGCCWGAAGGUCUAGUKGAUGUUCUAAAACCCUUCUUAGACCACUACCCUGAGGUUGAAGGGGUAGAUUGYAGGAAAUCAAUGUUYAUGUUCUUAAGUAAYACUGGUGCUAAGCUCAUUAAUAUGGAAGUACUGGAAAACUGGCGUAAAGGGAGAGAUCGGAGUAAAUUAACCAUCAAACAGAUGGACAAAAUCAUUAAUUAUGGCGCUUUCAAUGAAAAAGGUGGUUUCUGGCACACAACUCUGAUUGAAAAACAUUUGAUUGACUAUUUCAUACCUUUCCUUCCACUAGAAAGAUCACAUGUUAAAAAAUGUGCUGAAGUUGAUCUUGCUGAAAAGAAGAUUCCGAUAAGUGAACAAACUUUAAAUAAGAUUGCUGAUGAAAUGCUGUAYUUUCCUGAUGACUCUAAAGUAUUUUCUAAAUCUGGCUGCAAAAAAGUUUCCUCUAAAGUAGACAUUGUGAUUGGCUGAUGUAUAUAAAUAUCCACCAAACUUUUACAAUCCAGCAUUCUGAUUGGCUACUUCACAAGGGUGUUUAUAGGCCAUGGUUGCAUGGAAUGAAAUUGAAAAUUCAAAAAAA